UGAAACAUAACUUUAUUCUACAAUUAAAUUUCUUAUUUUUAUCUAACGAAUAAGGGAUCGAUAGUUGUUGAAGCUGUUAGAGAAGAAUUUUUCCCACUUCUGCAGCAUUGACGAACAAUUUUUUGGGCCAGUCUGGGUAUUUACCAGAGUUAGACAGUGGCUAUUUUCCCAUUUAAUAAUAAUCAAGAUUGUCAAGUUAAUCGGUAAUCAUAAAUUACGCCUGCACCGUGCAAGCACGAGUUCCAUUGUAAAACAGUUUCCAUCGUGAAAUUUCACCUUUUUUUCAAGGUUGCUUUGCUACAGUAUUUUAUCGCGCAUACGUUUCUUUUGAAUAUAGUAAACAAGGUGGUUAAAUGAAUGAAUAAAUCAGUAGACGUGAACUACAUUUGUAAUCUGCAGUGGUAAAUCAGUAAUAGUUGCUUUCAACGCGAUUCAGGAUAAGGACGUCUCUCAAGCCAGAACGUUAAUUACGAUAACCGAUUACUCGGUAACGACGAUCGCGGAUUACGUUUUGUCCAACACUGGUAUUUACCGUCUGGCAGCAAGCAGUGUCGACCUCGCGCGCCACGAAAGAUCGUUGUCGCGUUAAUCGAAUUUGGCGAGGCCUUAGAAAAUUCCGAAGCGCCGUGAACGAACGUCGCGAUCAGAAACGAUCGUCUCCCACGCCUGGUGGAGUUACUUUCGCUGGUGAAACGGACGUGCCGAUCGGGAAAAGGACAUUUUCGGUGGUACCAGUUACGCGUGUGCGUGCAACCAGUGCCGACGGAGGAAAUACGUUCUCCGCGCGUUAAAUCGUCGCCCCAAGUGCCGAAUAUCGAAUAUAUCUCGACGAAUAAUGAGCGAGGUACGAUCGUGAAUUCGGAUCAUGUUCGAAGCUCACGCGUACACAUUCGGACAUGCUACAGGGUGUCCAAAAAAGGACAAUUGCGUCCUGUGAUAUCAACGAUAGAGCAAAAUUUAGAAGGGCAUAUGAUCUGAUUAAUGGAAGGGCACGGAUAGACCUGCGCAUGUCUAAACAAAAUUGACUUUAUAAAGACGCUGUACCAUUCUCACGCGUCUCUCGAAGCUGUCGCGUUCGUUCUUGUUCGAAUCGAGUAAAUAAAAAAAAAAAAAAAAAAAAGAAAGAAACGAAAUCAAAUACUCGCGGUCUUAAAAACGGUACCGAUCUUACCUGACGGAUCGAAGUUAGUAUUACGAAACAACUAGAAGGACACCAGCGUCCGUCAUGGUGCAACAGGAGCAGGCUCACGAUGUCAAACAACAAAUCGCGACCAGUCCAGAGGACACCGAGGACAUACCUGCGGGCCAACAGGGUCCUCAAGUUCCAAGGCGCAGAGGUGGCAUUUCCGCGGAGCCGGUCUCCGAAGAGGAUGCGACCAGUUACGUUAAAAAAGUCGUGCCUAAGGACUACAAAACGAUGGCUGCCCUGAGCAAGGCCAUCGCUAAGAACGUUCUUUUCGCUCAUCUAGACGAGAACGAACGCUCAGACAUAUUCGACGCGAUGUUCCCGGUCACGUUCCUACCUGGAGAAGCGAUCAUUCGCCAAGGUGACGAGGGUGACAAUUUCUACGUAAUCGAUCAAGGGGAGGUUGAAAUAUUCGUGAACGGCGAAUUGGCCACGACGAUCGGGGAAGGUGGAAGUUUUGGCGAGCUUGCUUUGAUCUACGGAACUCUGCGUGCAGCUACCGUACGAGCAAAAACUGACGUUAAAUUGUGGGGUAUCGACAGAGACUCUUAUCGUAGAAUCCUCAUGGGUUCCACCAUAAGGAAACGAAAGAUGUACGAGGAAUUCCUCUCUAGAGUUUCGAUUUUAGAGUCUUUGGAUAAGUGGGAACGACUUACGGUAGCAGAUGCUUUAGAACCAGUGGCAUUUGACGAUGGUGAAACGAUAGUCCGACAAGGCGAACCUGGUGAAGAUUUUUAUAUAAUUGUCGAGGGCACUGCUGUAGUUCUCCAACAACGUUCAGAAAAUGAAGAACCAGCGGAAGUUGGUCGCUUAGGACCAUCUGAUUAUUUUGGUGAGAUCGCGUUGCUCUUAGAUAGGCCAAGAGCUGCAACUGUCGUGGCACGGGGCCCCUUAAAAUGUGUAAAACUCGAUAGGGCAAGGUUUGAGAGAGUUCUAGGUCCCUGCGCGGAUAUUCUGAAACGCAACAUCACACAGUACAACAGUUUCGUGUCUCUCUCCGUAUAAAUUGUUGUUCAAACGAUCGUUAUCAAUCACAAAGAUUUCUUUUUAUGACAACUGCGUUUCACUGUAUUGUUAACAUUUUUUUAUUUGAGUAAUAUGUAAGUAAUAACUGUAUUACGUCAGCCAAAAAUAUGCGCGCUAAGAAUUAUUAUAUGGCGACUGCCUUUCAACCUUGUAUGGUGUCGUCUCUGCACAUUUGAAAUUUUGUUUAAAUAUCGUCUUUAGUCGAAAUUUCUAGUCACUCUCAUCGAUGACGGAGUGCUGUCGAAUUUAGCGAAAAUUUGUAAUUCGUCUCUCUAAAAGCUAAGGUAACUUGUCACGUUGUUCUCGAAUUAUUCGUGCGGAAUUCAAGACGUCUCUGGCGGCAUAUGUAAUCCUGAUUACACAAAUUUAAAUAACUUAGAAACGCCGCGAUAACAAACUUUUUACGCACUUUGUAACUCGCAACACGACGCUGUACAACAUAAUCUUUUCGUCUCUUUUACGCGAACGUUUCCUGAGAUUAUUAAUAAAUAUGCGAGAAUCCUAAAAACGGUUGGAUUUAUAAAAUUCGAUUGUAAGUAUUCGGAAUUCAGAAUUCUCAGCCACCAUUAUUGUUAUUCAGUAUCUCAUUUUUAUUAUUUAUUGUAUGAAAUUUUAUUAAUACGAAUUUCAUUGUUCCGUAAGAAUGUUUGGAAUAAGUACGGUCAUGUGCAUUUCAUGAUGUAGCGAUUAAUUUAUAUACAUAUACGUGUAUGGUUUAGGAAAAAAUAUAAACGGAAAAGUAUAUUAAACCUGAA